UGUAAAAACUGCAAACAGCCGCUGACUUUGUUCAAAUGUGUAUCUUUGGUGUUCACUUCUGACUGAGGACAAGUGCAGCAUGAAGAUCUCUGAAUUCUGCCUACUGGUUUGCCUGACUGCAGUGAUGCCCUCGGCCCAGAAUGAAGAAGAAAAGCCAAAGGUGACACUGAAGAUAAGUAAGGAGAAGAAACCACUGUAUGUUGGAGACACAGUGACCCUGGAGUGUAGCAUUGAUAGUGACAAGAGUGACUCUACAGGCUGGAAAUAUGUGUGGUACAAAAAUGGGCAGGUGUCAUCACGCGUCCAGCAGAUUGAAGAAGUCACAGUGACUCAGGCUGGCAGCACACAGUACCUGUGUGGUGUUAAAAGAGCCGAUGAUAACCAUAACGUCUACAGUGAACCUGUCUCACUGACUGUGAUGGAGAGGAAAGUCAAACUUGAAUUGAAGCCAGAUGGAGAGAUAUUUGAAGGAGACAAGAUCAGCCUGCACUGUCGGCUUGAUGGAGAUCCUGUUGGGUGGACAUAUGAGUUCUACAAUAGAGAAGGUGGAUAUCCUUUUCAAGCACAAAAUGACAGCACCUUAACUAUCAGUCCUGUGAAUCUGUCACACAAAGGGGAUUAUUGGUGUCGAGCUGUAAAACAAGAGCUUAACUUGCCAACUACUACUGUGCGGUUAGAGGUAUCAGCUCUGCAAGUGACUUUGUCAGUGUCUCCUAGUAGUUCUGUGAAGGAGGGAGACUCCCUUAACCUGACCUGCACAUGGACUGGGGGUAAAAGCUCUGCCUUAAACUUCACCUUCAGCUUCCAAAGAAAUAAUGUGACUGUGAAGAACAACAAUAAAUCUGCAGUGUUUAGCAUAAAGCAGGCUGAUGAAAGCCAUGGUGGGAGUUACGGGUGUGCUGUGCAAUUACCAGGAGGAGGGAAAUCAUACAGCAAUGAAAUAGAGAUUCAAGUACAAGAUGCCCCUGUUGAAGAUUAUCAAGACAACCCUCUUACCAUUGUUUAUCUCAGUGUUGGACUCAGUCUGGGCUUUCUAAUACUUCUGCUGUUGCUGUUUGUAUACCACAGGACUAGAGGCAUUGGAGGUAAAACAAUCAGUAGAAUGGAGAAAGAGGAGGAAGUGAUUACCAGCAAUGGAGGAGCUCAACAAAUCGAUACAUUUAAUAAGGAAGAAGAAGAUCCAGGCAAGUUGUACUCUGAGCUGGUGGACCCUCCUAUGGACAAGAGCAAAGGUGCUGCUGUAGAGUCCCAUGAUGAUGUUGUUUAUUCUGACCUUGUAAAAGAAAAAUUAAUGAAGAAGAGAGAGGAAAUGCCAGAAGCAUCCCCAGAAGUGAUGUACUCAGAUAUCAAAUUGAAGAAUGCCACAGGUGCCUCCCCUGCUGCUGAUCCAAAUUCUCUUUAUGCUUCAGUUAUUCCAAGAAAAGACAAGAAGUAAACAGAUUGUGGUUUCCUGUGUCACAUCUAUGAAGCCGAAGCUACCUCAAGGUCUUCAUCUGACAGACCUCUGCUUGUCUUCUAUUUGUGGUUUACCAAGCUGGCCUGUUCUCAUCUGCAUGGAGUGGCUGGUUGUGUGGUAUUUCCAUACAGAAUGUAAUUAUAGAACGCAGUACCUAUGAGGUCAAGCAUGUAAUGCCCCAACAUCACAAAAAUGCCCUCAACAUCAGUUACGAAAUGCCCAUUGGAUUACACUAUGGUUAAGAUUAGGGCUGUGGGAGGAUUAUCUGACUCAAAGAGCAUUUCGUGGCUAAUGUUUCAGGCAUUACCUGAACUACAUCAUAGGUAUUUCAGGCUGCAGUUAAACCCAUCUCGAUGUUUUUAACAUGGAAGCAUUCAAAAGGAAAAACAGAGCAAUGCAAGGAACACUGGCUGAGACUAAACCCAUUCAACACAACAAAAGUGAUCACAUCUUAUUCAAGCUAAGAUAUGAAGAUACUCAGGGUGCUGCUGCCAACAAGAAUCUCUGUUUCACCACAUUAUAUAACUUAACCAUUUUAUUGACCUGACGUGAGUUUUUGUCUCUCCUUUCUUUGACAUUUUGCGCUCUUUAUACUAGUGGUGGCUCGUGAAGAUCUCUGCUUAUGCAAACUUACAAAAAUCACCCUGGUAGUGCAAAAGUCCUAAAUGUUUUUUCUCAUUAUAUACUGUGGCUAGUUAGAGAGAUUUCAUUUUACCUAUAAUAAGCUCAUCCUUUACUACAAAUUACAAGCAUUUUGAUUUUAGAUUUCUCUACAGAAUUGUUUUACUGUAGUUUAGUAAGUAGGACUAAAAUUUAUAUGUAUUCUAGUUUCUCUGAUAACUUUUUUCCAGGAUAGUUUUAAAUUUUUUGGUUUUG